AUGGCUUACCCGACUGCCGCGCAUCAUCCUACUGAGGUACCAAAUCUCCUUCACGAUCGCGACACAAUCACCGAAGCAAACCAGACAAAUUCGCCUUUACUGCGUCUUCCUGCUGAGCUGCGCUACAAGAUAUACGCUCUCGCCGCAGGACAGAACGUUGAAUUUGGGUACAACCAUGACGACGAGGAAUUCUACGUCGUCAAGACUCCAAGCCCAUUUUUACUCCUAUGCCGCCAGACUUACAACGAAACGCGCAACGAUAAGGCACAGUUGGUUCUGCAGCCGUCAGAGUAUGCCGGAGCCUUUUUAACUGGGGAAUUACUUGGUCUCUUUGGUAUAGAUACUCAUUGUGUCCACACAAUCAAAUUCCCUGCACAUGUUACCUUGUGCAUGAUGGAAGACAGCACGGGAGCCGAAUGGGCAUUCGCCUGUUUGGAAGGGUUCACUGGGGUCGAGCGCAUCGAGUUUCAAGUUCCAGAGGGCAUGGGGACCAGUCUGCUGGAGGAGUCUACGCUGUGGUGGAGAACGUCCUUUGACAACGACGACAUGCAAGUUGUUGUCCGUAGGCCACCGAAGUCAUUGUAG